AUGUCAGAAGAAGACCGAAUAAACUUCGGAGUACCUGGGGUCCUGGAUGUACCUGAGUGGGGUGCACUUGGCUUCUUUUACGGAGUAGGCGUUCCAGGUUUUGCUUACGAUGGCAGUCGCGCCAUGGACGCGUUACAAUUGAAUCAUGAUCUUAUUUUUCGAUUGGAAGAAUUGAGGGGGCUGGGAAUCUUCUCACCCAUGAUUCAUGAUUAUCAUAUUACAACAGUUAUGAUUUUCAAAAAGCGUUUGUUAGGUGAGAUAGUGAUGGAAAUGGAAAUCGAGAUUUCAUCUGAUUCAAAAUCUUCUUCUUCCAUCAGAAACGCGGUAUCCUCUGUAAUUCUCAGCCCACCUAAAGUGUAUCUUUCAUCUUGGCUUCUCCAGACCUUCAAACCUGUCAAAUGGGACUACCCGCGCAGCCGCGGCUUGCUUCCUCCAAAGCUACAGCCUCUUCUUACUACACAGCUUUUUGGUCUUAUAUUUACCAAUUAUCUAAUGUUUACCAAUGACCAACUUCCAAGCCUUUCCAAAAGUUUCAAAAAUGUCAAGGUUGAGGCAGAAUUUUCAUAUAAUUUUCAUACGAAUUUUGGUCUUCACAUUCUUCACCGCUCAUCUAUUUUAGGAUCUGAUGUCGAGAUCCGGAUGUUCCGCUUGGGAUUCGGGAAGCGAACAUCCAAAGAAAGACCCAACUUUGAAGGAAGAGAAAAGAAGAGCAAAGCCACUAAUUACGAAGUGUACCAAAUUACUGUCCCAUGA